AUGGUGUUCUCCGCCCUGCUGCACUCCAGCCCCAUGCGGCCGGGCACCAAACGAAAGAUGAGCGCCUCUUCGGUCAAGAGUGACACAAGCUCUGAAUAUAUCUUCGACGAUUCUCAACUGGGCGUCUGCCUGGAGGACGACGAGGCGCCCGACUUGCGAGACCUCAACGGCAGCCUGGAGGCCCUUGCUGUAGUCUUCCCCGAUGUUCAGGUCGAGGUAUUCCGAGAAAUGUUGUCCAACUUCUCCGAGGAAUCCAGGCUGGCAGUCGUCGCAGAUGCCCUGCUCAAAAACCGCGUCGGAUGGGUCAAAGGACGCUGGAGGCAACUACAGCCUCAGGAAGACAGCACCAGCCUGGUGCCCCAGUCAGAGAGAUUCAGGAGCCCCGAGUACAUAGCUGCCACCAAAGACUUGGCGUGGCACGAGUUCAAGGGCCUGUCGCGCUCGACAAUUAACGCGGUCCUCGCCGAAUCCAACUACUCGUACCUACCUGCAAGAAAGACCUUAGUCGACCUCUCCCAAAAGUCGUGGAGAUUUACCCUAUCGUCGCUUCUAUUGUAUAGAAGAAAGACCAUCUCGUCGACAGAGGUGGGAAAUCACCCGUUGGUCAUCUGGAAAUCGUCUGGCCACGGAUCCAUCGUGCCUUCACUCAAAUCUACGGGCAACGCGGAACUCGACCGAGAAUUAUUUGAAGAACUGGUCAACCCACUCAGGGUCUCUGCAAAGCAGAGGACGGAGGAGAAGGACCGGGAGAUGGCCGCAGCCAUGAACCUGGAUGAGGCUGAGGCUGAGAACCAGAUCCACGAGUGCUGCUGCUGCUUCACUACCGGUACCUUUGAGGAUUUCACGACGUGUAAUUCCAACGGACAUAUGAUAUGUCGCAGAUGCGUUCAGCUGUCCGUUACUGAGGCGGUUUUCGGGCAAAGUUGGGCCAAAACCGUCGAACCGCAGACAGGCACUCUGAGAUGCCCAGCGAUGCCCGAGAACGCCAGCUCCGACGCAUGCGACAGCUGUAUACCAUUUGACCAGAUGCACAGGGCCAUGCUCGAAGUGAAGAAGGGAGCCGAGAUCAUGCGCAAGUUCGAUCAGCGGCUGGCCGAAUGCAGCCUCCUGGCUUCAGGGCUCCCUCUGGCACGGUGCCCGUUCUGCGACUACGCUGAGGUGGACGACGUGUAUCUUACGUCAAAGGAGCUGCAACCUCACUUUGGGGCUGACGAACCCAGCAACGGUAUCCUGAGGACGUUGCACGCUAUUGCGUGGACACCUAUUCUAGUGAUCUUGGCGCUGAUUUACCUCUUCAUCGCCCUGCUCGGAGCGCUGGAGCUGCCGUUCGGGAAAAGAGUCCUUGGAGAGCUCAAGGCCUCGCUCAAACGCCACAGCCGACGCCAACGCGGCUUGAAAUUUACCUGCCAAUCGCCCUCCUGCGGGCGCAGCUCCUGCCUCCACUGCGAAAAGGCAUGGAUCGACAUCCACGUGUGUAACGAGUCCAGCCUCAUCGCCCUCCGAACCCAGGUCGAGCAAGCGAUGAGCAUGGCUGUGAAGCGUGUAUGCCCCAAGUGCAACGCCUCAUUUGUCAAGACGGCCGGGUGCAACAAGAUGACGUGCCAGUGUGGCUACAAGAUGUGCUACGUCUGCCGCAAGGACAUUGGCGGCAAGGAAGGGGAGGAUGCGGGCUACCAGCACUUCUGUCAGCACUUUAGACCCGAGGGCGACGGGAGGCCAUGCAACGCGUGCAAGAAGUGCAACCUCUGGCAGAAGGAGGACACGGACGGCCUUCUCCAGAAGGCGAAGGAGGAAGCCGAGCAGAAAUGGAAGGAGGUCGAGCAUCGCAAGCUUAGCGGCGCCGAGAUGGCCUAUCUCGAGACUGGUGUUGCCAUUACGAGUCGAGGCGUCGAGAGGGCCUUGACCUGCGGAAGGGUGCCUACAGUCGCAGAAAUGUGCGACAUGAUUGUGGGAACACUCUUCGGGCACUGA